AUGCUGCCAUUGAUGGCCAGGAUGAGGAGCAGAGGGGCUGAAUACUUGGUGAUUGCACACAGACAAUCGUCUAACACCAGCGCCACUGCCAGCUGCGUUCAUGACAGAAUGGCAAAGCGGAUUCAAGCCCGGAGGCUGGAGGGAGUGGAUGAAAACAUUUGGGUGGAGUUUGUCAGUCUUGCUGCUCAGUAUAAAACUGUGAACCUGGGACAAGGCUUUCCAGAUUUCAGUCCUCCAAGUUUUUUAAGAGAAGCCUUUGCAAAAGCUAUCACUGAGGAGCACACCUUGCUGAACCAAGUACACCAGAGCCUUUGGGCAUCCUCCAUUGGUGAAGGUUCUGGCCAAACUGUUUGGCCAACUCCUUGAAAGAGAACUAGACCCUCUUACCAAUGUCCUGGUGACAGUCGGAGCAUAUGGGGCUCUUUUUUCUGCUUUCCAUGCUCUGGUGGAAGAAGGCGAUGAGGUCAUUAUCAUAGAACCAUCAUUUGACUGCUAUGAGCCAAUGACGAAAAUGGCCGGUGGACAAUGUGUGUAUAUUCCCUUAAGACCUCCUACAGAUGCAGGACAGCUACACAGUAGUGGGGACUGGAGGCUUGACCCUGCAGAGCUCGAAGCGAAGAUCACAAAACGCACCAAGGCUUUUGUGUUAAACACUCCAAAUAAUCCACUGGGAAAGGUGUUCAGUAAGGAGGAGCUGGAAGAAAUUGCCAACAUCUGUGUGAAGUAUGAUAUCCUGUGCUUCUCUGAUGAAGUUUAUGAAUGGCUGGUCUAUGAUGGCCAACAACAUAUUCGAAUUGCUAACCUGCCAGGAAUGUGGGAACGUACCAUCACUGUUGGAAGUGCAGGGAAGACUUUCAGUGCCACAGGAUGGAAGGUUGGCUGGGCUUUUGGGCCUGAUCAUCUUCUUAAACAUCUCAGAAUAAUCCAUCAGAAUUCUGUAUAUCACUGUGCAACUGGAGCCCAGGAGGCAGUAGCCCAGGGAUUUCAGAAGGAGCUAGAGAGACUGGGCCAACCGGACUGUUACUUUAUACAACUGCGGAAUGAGCUGCAGAAGAAGCGAGACCGACUAUACCGCUGCCUUACAGAGGUGGGGAUGAAACCUGUAUUGUCCCAAGGGUCUUACUUUAUGAUUGCUGACAUCUCCUGCUUCAAAGCUGAGGUUCCUCCUCCCCCUGACAACACUUUGCCUUAUGAUAACUACUUUGUGAAGUGGAUGAUGAAAAAUAAACAGCUAGCAGCGAUCCCUAUGUCUGCUUUUUACAGUAUACCGCACAAGACGCAGUUUGAAAAUUACAUCAGGUUUUGCUUUGUCAAAGAGGAUGCUACAUUGGAUGCUGCAGAGAAGAUAUUACAGAAGUGGAGCACUGUGUCAUCUGGAAAAAAGGAACUGUAG